AUGCCUUAUUCUGACGUUUAUAUAGCCCUUCAGAAAAAAUUCUUCACUAAUAAUCCACCUCUUUUCGGUCCAUCAGAUGGCAACGAGAGCACUCCAUCUACAAAAGGAACCGAACAUUCAACGGAAAGUGACAAAAGCACUCAACCACCAGACGGCGAAAACGACUCUCCACCUCCGGAAGACAAUAAAGGUACAUCACCUCGUAACUGCGACGGAUGCACUACUACACCACCGAGCGACGGUGAAAGCACUGCAUCUCAGCAAGACUGCGAGGGAUGCACAACUACACCACCAGACCACGGCGAAAUCACUCCAUCUCAGCAAGACUGCGAGGGAUGCACAACUACACCACCAGACGGCGGCGAAAGCACUCCAUCUCAGCAGGGGAUUGCAUCUCCUCCUAACUGCGAAGGAUGCACUACCACACCACCGAACGGCAACGAAAGCACUCAAUCUCCGGAAGACUGUGAUGGAUGCACUUCUAUACCACCGAGCGACGGUGAAAGCACUCCAUCUCCGGAAGCCUGCGACGGAUGCACUACCACACCACCGAGCGAUAGUGAAAGCACUCCAUCUCAGCAGGGGAUUGCAUCUCCUCCUAACUGCGAAGGAUGCACUACCACACCACCGAACGGCAACGAAAGCACUCAAUCUCCGGAAGACUGUGAUGGAUGCACUACCACACCACCUAGCGACGGUGAAAGCACUCAAUCUCCGGAAGACUGUGACGGAUGCACUACCACACCACCGAGCGACAGUGAAAGCACUCCACCUCCGCAAGACUGCGAGGGAUGCACAACUACACCACCAGACGGCGACGAAAGCACUCCAUCUCAGCAGGGGAUUGCAUCUCCUCCUAACUGCGAAGGAUGCACUACCACACCACCGAACGGCAACGAAAGCACUCAAUCUCCGGAAGACUGUGACGGAUGCACUACCACACCACCGAGCGACAGAUGCACUACCACACCACCGAACGGCAACGAAAGCACUCAAUCUCCGGAAGACUGUGACGGAUGCACUACCACACCACCGAGCGACAGUGAAAGCACUCCACCUCCGCAAGACUGCGAGGGAUGCACAACUACACCACCAGACGGCGACGAAAGCACUCCAUCUCAGCAGGGGAUUGCAUCUCCUCCUAACUGCGAAGGAUGCACUACCACACCACCGAACGGCAACGAAAGCACUCAAUCUCCGGAAGACUGUGAUGGAUGCACUACCACACCACCUAGCGACGGUGAAAGCACUCAAUCUCCGGAAGACUGUGACGGAUGCACUACCACACCACCGAGCGACAGUGAAAGCACUCCACCUCCGGAAGACUGUGACGGAUGCACUACCACACCACCUAGCGACGGUGAAAGCACUCAAUCUCCGGAAGACUGUGACGGAUGCACUACCACACCACCGAGCGACAGUGAAAGCACUCAAUCUCCGGAAGACUGUGACGGAUGCACUACCACACCACCGAGCGACAGUGAAAGCACUCCACCUCCGGAAGACUGUGACGGAUGCACUACCACACCACCUAGCGACGGUGAAAGCACUCAAUCUCCGGAAGACUGUGACGGAUGCACUACCACACCACCGAGCGACAGUGAAAGCACUCCACCUCCGGAAGACUGUGACGGAUGCACUACCACACCACCGAGCGAUAGUGAAAGCACUCCAUCUCAGCAGGGGAUUGCAUCUCCUCCUAACUGCGAAGGAUGCACUACCACACCACCGAACGGCAACGAAAGCACUCAAUCUCCGGAAGACUGUGACGGAUGCACUACCACACCACCGAGCGACAGUGAAAGCACUCCACCUCCGGAAGACUGUGACGGAUGCACUACCACUCCACCGAGCGACGGUGAAAGCACUCAAUUUCCGGAAGACUGUGACGGAUGCACUACCACACCACCGAAAGAAAGCACUCAAUCCCGGAAGACUGUGACGGAUGCACUACCACACCACCGAGCGACAGUGAAAGCACUCCACCUCCGGAAGACUGUACGGAUCACCACGGAAAAGGGAUGCACUACCACACCACCGAGCGACAGUGAAAGCACUCCACCUCCGGAAGACUGUGACGGAGCACUACCACACCACCUAGCGACGGCCUGUGGUGGAUGCACUACCACACCACCUAGCGACGGUGAAAACACUCCAUCUCCGGAAGUCUGCGACGGAUGCACAACUACAGCACAAAACGGCUACGAAACUACUCCAUCUCCACAAGACGACCAAACUAUUCCAUCACCGGACACCGAAAAAAACAGUACACCGCCAAAAAGCGACGAAACUACUCCAUCUCCGGACCAACAGGAAAGCACUUCACCGGAAAACGAUAAAAGCACUCCACAUUUGGAAGACUACGGAACUACUCCAUCACCGGACAGCGAGGAGAGCAGUACACCGGAAAACUAUGAAAGCACUCCACAUUUGGAACACUACGAAACUACUCCAGCACCGGACAGCGAGGAAAGCAGUACACCGGAAAACUAUGAAAGCACUCCACAUUUGGAACACUACGAAACUACUCCAUCACCGGACAGCGAGGAGAGCAGUACACCGAAAAACUAUGAAAGCACUCCACAUUUGGAAGAAGACAUAACUACUCUAUCAUCGGACAGCGAGGAAAGCAGUACACCGGAAAACUAUGAAAGCACUCCACAUUUGGAACUCUACGAGACUACUCCAUCACCGGACAGCGAGGAAAGCAGUACACCGGAAAACUAUGAAAGCACUCCACAUUUGGAAGAAGACAUAACUACUCCAUCACCGGACAGCGAGGAAAGCAGUACACCGGAAAACUAUGAAAGCACUCCACAUUUGGAACACUACGAAACUACUCCAUCACCGGACAGCGAGGAAAGCAGUACACCGAAAAACCAUGAAAGCACUCCACAUUUGGAACACUACGAAACUACUCCAUCACCGGACAGCGAGGAAAGCAGUACACCGGAAAACCAUGAAAGCACUCCACAUUUGGAAGACUACGAGACUACUCCAUCACCGGACAGCGAGGAAAGCAGUACACCGAAAAACCAUGAAAGCACUCCACAUUUGGAAGACUACGAAACUACUCCAUCACCGGACAGCGAGGAAAGCAGUACACCGGAAAACCAUGAAAGCACUCCACAUUUGGAAGACUACGAAACUACUCCAUCACCGGACAGCGAGGAAAGCAGUACACCGGAAAACUAUGAAAGCACUCCACAUUUGGAAGACUACGAAACUACUCCAUCACCGGACAGCGAGGAAAGCAGUACACCACCGGAUGGCGAUGAGAGAACUCCAUCUGUGAAUGUUGUCCAAACCACACCAAUAACAACUUCUGAAGCCCAUACACCGAAUCCGGAAACUGCAGAUUGUAUCGACAAACUGAAUCCAAGAACUGGAGUGUCCGAUUGUCCAAGAUUAAAAUAUCUGUGCAACGAUCCAAUGUAUUACGUAUUAAUGACCGAACAGUGCCCAAAGACAUGUAACAGGUGUAAAGACUCACAAUCAACUAGUCCCAUUAUUCGUCCUGACUCAAACAGGACAGAUUUCUCCACACCUUUACCAAGUUCGAAAUCUACAGACUGUUAUGACCGAGUAAAUCCAAGGACUGGGGUGUCAGAUUGUCCAGGAUUAGCGUAUCUGUGCAACAAUCCCCUAUAUUACGCACUGAUGACCGAACAGUGCCCGAAGACAUGUAACAGGUGUAGAGACUCACAAUCAACUACUCCCAUUAUUCAUCCUAACUCAAACAGGACAGAUUUCUCCACACCUUCACCAAGUUCGAAAUCUACAGACUGUUAUGACCGAGUAAAUCCAAGGACUGGGGUGUCAGAUUGUCUGAGAUUUCCUCAUCUAUGUAACGAUCCAAAGUAUCAAGUAUUGAUGACUGAACAAUGUCCAAGAACGUGUAACAAAUGUGAAGAUUCGCCAAUGCAGCCUUCUACUCUCUCUAAUUCCGAUUUGCACAAAAUAGUGUCAACGUCUACACUGUCUCCAGACAUAAAUCAUUUCUUCCCAUCUUCACCAAAUCCAAAAUCUACUGAAUGUUAUGACCGAGUAAAUCCAAGGACUGAGGUGUCAGAUUGUCCAGGAUUAGCAUAUCUGUGCAACAAUCCCCUAUAUUACGCACUGAUGACGGAACAGUGCCCGAAGACAUGUAACAGAUGCAAAGACUCACAAUCGACUACCCCCAUCAAUCCUGAUUCGAACAGGACAGAUUCAACACCUACACUAUCACCAAAGAUAAACCAUUUCUCCUCACCUUCAUCGCGUCCGACAUGGACUGAGUGCUAUGACCGAGUAAAUCCAAGAACUGGUGCGUCAGAUUGUCCAGGACUAGCGUAUCUGUGUAACGAUCCAAACUAUCAAGCGCUGAUGAGUGAACAGUGUCCGAAGACGUGUAACAAAUGUGAAGACUCGUCACAGCCGACCCCAUCAACUACUAUGACAUCUCAAGCUGCAUAUUUGGACACUAAUUCAUCCACAUCAACUCCACAGAAUCCUUCUUCGGCUAAGUGUUCAGAUCUGGCUAACCCACAAACAGGAGUAUCGGACUGUCCAACUAGAAUAGUAUUGUGCAGACACCCUAUCUAUCGAAGUCUAAUGCAGCAGCAAUGUCCAAAAACAUGUGGUUUUUGUUCAUAA